AUGCACUCGACCUCCCCGCGCGCCGCACGCACCUUCGCCUCCACGGGCUUCGCGUCCAUGGUCUGCUUCCGUAGGUCGUCCAGCUCGGUCUGCAUGGCGUUGACAGCCACCGCCCAGUCGGGGUCCUUGCUGGCCGACUUGAUCUUCUGGGCCAGCUCGUCCGCUCCCUUGGCUUUGCCGGCCGUCGGCGCCUGGCUCUCGAGGUGCAUGCCGCCCUCGCUGGCCUGGGAGGUGCCCUUUUGCAGCUCCGCGUUCUGCUUCUUGAGCUUGGCCACCUCAGCCUCAUUCUGCUUCCUGAGCUUGGCCAUCUCUGCCUCGCUCUGCUUCUUGAACUUGGCCAGCUCUGCCUGCGAGCUAGACAGUGGGGCGAUGGCCGAGCCCUUCCCGCGGCCGCCGCUGCCCCCGAAGGGCUCGCGCGUCAAGGUGACGACGCUGCGCCCCCCUGCGACGGGGACCGUGAGGUUCGUCGGCCCGACCGCCCUCGGCGUCGGCACCUGGGUCGGCGUCGAGCUGGACGAGGAGCGGCAGGGUCUGGGCGACGGGCGUGACACGGUCGCGGACGCUGCAGGCCUCCAGGGGUCCAAGAACAGCCAGCAGCACCCGACAGUGCUCCACAGUGGGGGCGCCCCUGCGGCCGUCCACCAGCCCGCGCCGAGCCCCGCGGAGCUCCUCAAGCUGCUCGAGGCCGCCCUGCCUGCGCAGAAGGGGACCUUCGACAAGCUCGCGGCCAAAAAACUUGCGGAGGCGGCAGUGGAGUCCGAGCGUAAGGCCAGUGUCUGGUACGAGGAGCGCCUGGGCAUCUCUUUCCAGGCCGCCGCGGCGCAGCUCAAGACCUCCGAGGCAGCUGCAGCCGCGCUUGCUGUGCUCUCCAAGAAGCAAGAGGCCGCCCCUGCCGCCGCAGCCUCCAAGCAGGAGGCCCGCGGAGGGGCCGCCUUCGACUUCGCGAAGCUGCUUGAGUCCGUUGGCGGGGUCGAGUUCGUGGCUGGUUCGGCUUUCAACGCCACAGGGCUGGACGUCCGGCAGGCCCGCCCAUUCCGCCACCCGGCUGCCCACGCCGACCAAGCCAUGGGCCAGCUGGGGCAUAGGAAGCCCGCCCCCAAGUUUUCCAGGGGGCCGCUGGACUUUCUCGACUUCCAGGCGGCCACCCUGACCGCGAGAGGGAACCCGCCCACGGUGAUCAUCAUCCACUUGCGCGACGGCCUGGGGGCGGCAGGUCUCGAUAUCCAGAAGCUCCAGCAGGCGGGCGCCCUCCUGCGAGGACUUCGCGGCGAUUGGAUCCAGCCGGGCGAUUUCGACGCGCCGCCUGCGCAGCUGGCGACAGGCGGCCAGGCGCAGGAGGCGCAGGGGCACAUCGUUCGACCCGGCAGCGUCUCCUUCGCCCAGUGCGCAGGCGGCCGCGCGUUGGACAACGGCGCCACCGGAGGGGGUGGCCGCCGCAAGCCCGUCUCCUUCGCGGCCGACGUCGGGGGCGAGUUCAAGUCCCACGUGGGCCCCAUCGCCCAAUGCGACGCGAAGGGGACUGCAGGGGCCCACGCGCUGGCGCCGACCGCGCCGCAGGGCGCCAUCAGCCAUCGGCUUCAGACUGAAGAGGUGGGGCUGGGCAAACCUGCCAGCUACGUCGCCGAGUCCAUCAGCUACCGAGGCAUCAAGGGCGAGGCCUGCGCCCGGGCAACGCCUGCGCCGUGGGCGGGUCAGCAGAGCGGCGGGCCGCAGUCUCAGCGCGCGCUGACGCCGCGGCCCGCGGCUGCGACCGACGGCGCCGACGAAAAGCUGCAGGUCGAGGCGCCCAUGUCCCGCGCGGCGCCUCAGCGCCAUUCUGCGCGCGAGAAGAGGAAACAGCUGGAGGAGCUCCGCGGCCAGAUCGGCCAGAUCUCCGACUGGGCGGAGAGACUCCAGGCGCGACACUAG